AUGCGCUGGGAAAUGAUGGCUCGAUGCUUCCUCCUGCUACUCUGCUCUUCUGCCCUGGCCGGGAAGCCCUUCCUAAUUGGCAGCGAGGAUCUCGGAGACACCGCGCAGACAUGCAAUGUGGAUGCUGUCCAGGUGGCGAAUCUGAGGCAGCUGCACCCGAUCUUGCAUGACCUGGUGAACACCACCUUCUUCCGUCUGUUCCGGGUGAACCUUAAGAACCCGAUUUGUCCAUACUGGAAGAGUGCAGAUAGCGACAAGGAGGACACCUCCAGCGGCGGAACGUGCAGCGGCACGGUGCCCGUCUUGAGCAAGAAGCCAGCUUUUGCCCAAAAAGGACUGGGUGCCGGACUGGGCUUCAGCAGUGCCGCCGAGCCAGCGUCGGAGCCGGGUUGUUCCGUCGACUCCGAUGGUAGCAAUGCCGAGGGCGGCAUCGACAGAAAGCUUACCAUCCAGGAGAAGGUCGCGCAGCUGGAGCGUGACAACGAGACCGAGCCCUGUGAGUUCGAGGAGGACCUGCCUACCUACUGGGUGGACAUGUGCUCUGGCGAUCACAUGAAGGGCGUGGAUCUGGAGGAUGUGAACUUGAUCAAGAACCCGGAGCGCAACACCGGGUACAAUGGCUCUCACAUCUGGCAGGCGAUGUACAACGAGAACUGCUUCGAAGUCGGUAGUGCCAUGCCUCGUGGGCGCUUCGGGACGAAGGAGGCGAUGUGCUACGAGGAGCGCGUCCUCUAUCGGCUGCUCAGCGGCUGGCACGCAUCCACCUCUAUCUCCAUCUCGAAGAAUUUCUAUGCACCAGGAACUAAGCAAAAAGGCGCUUGGUCACCGAAUCUGGAGCGAUUCAUGAAGGACAUCGGCGAACACCCGGAGAGGGUGAAGAACCUGCACUUCUCCUUCGUCGUCCUCCUCCGGGCAGUGAAGAAGGCAGCGCCCUAUCUGCAAAGCUACUCCUUCCACACUGGAGACGACAAGGAAGAUGGCGUGACGAAGCUUCUGAUGGCGCGACUACUCGACUCCCAGCUACUGUCGCUCUGCUCACCACUCUUCGAGGCCUUCGACGAGACGCGGCUCUUUCAUGCACCGUCGGAGCAGAGGGGCGCCCUGAAGCGGCAGUUCAAGAGUGUCUUCCGGAACAUCACCGAGCUCGUGGAUUGUGUUCAAUGCCAACGCUGUCGGCUGCAUGCGAAGCUCUUCUCAUUGGGCCUGGGCACAGCUUUGAAGAUCCUCCUGAGCCCGCCGGACCUUAUCGCUAGUUCCACCUCCCGGGACGACGUGGUGGCCCUCGUCAACGUCUUGUGGAAGCUCUCCGAAGCAAUGGAGGAUGUGCGGAGCCUGACACAGCAGUACUACGAGGUGAGCUCAGUGGCCCCUGCGCAGCCGUCGCCGGCACCUGCUGCUGGUCAGAGGGCGGACGCGAUUGCGAUGGAGGCCGACUCCUCCCCGAUGGGCAUUGGCACGAGGCGCCAGCUCCUGGACGCCGCUUUGGCUGCCUCCCGGCGCUGCAGCCUCAGUGCCGAGGACGAGGAGCGGCUCUUAGACUUGCUCGUCGCGCAAGGGCAAGUCGGCGAGGAGAUCCUGCUACUGGCAAAGCACUAUGCGGUAGACAAGGCUGAUGUUUUCUGCAGGAUGGCCAUCAAGGCCGCGCAGGCGGCGCGCCCAGGAGCCCCUUCGCUGGCUCCUGCUCCGAUACCAAAGGCAAAUCUCGGUGAGGCCUCCAACCCUGCGGAUGCCGUGAUCGUCGGUGGUGGCCUCGCAGGGUUUGCGUUCACGAUUCAAGAUGAAGAGUUUUUCGCAAUUUAG